AUGGGAAUAAUUUAUUUGGAUAGUAAUAAGCCGCGGGAGGAACAGGACUAUCACGAGAUCUAUUCAGACUUGGAUGAAGCUGAUGAACUUGAGGUGAUAUUUGAGUAUGACGAUUCAGACUCAGAGUCAGAUACUAUUAAUCAUCGCCUCGAAGGUUUUACGUCUAAAUUGAAGCAACCCGUUUUCCGUGAAGUCCUGAAUGGCCCAAUGGACGUACCCAAGUUCCCCAAGAGUCUAUUGGAUUUCGGGUUCCAAGAACCUCGAACGCGUCUUCGUAAGACUCCAACAUCUUCUGGGAUCGGCAGUGGCCAAGGUAGAGGUGAGAUUAUUCCUUAUAUAAGGCCGUUCCAGUUUCCAGACGUGAAAGAUGUUUCCAAGGUGGCGGACCAGAAACGAUCAUUGGUGUGCUAUGACUUGGAUGAACAAGACUUUUGCUACUUGCAACAUCGUAAUAAGGGGAAAUACGUUAAGCUAACACUUGAAGUGUUUGAAAUCAUGAUGUCAGUGUUGGAAGUGGAGUGGCAGGAAUUAGAAAUGAGAAUGCAAUCUUUAAACCCUACUGUCUCUCCUAUGGAUGACAGAACGAGUAAUACCACACUUGCAUUGGACGAUGAGAAAUAUGGCAACGAUGAUGGGAUUGUAUCAUUGGACCAAAUAGACGAUCAGAAAUGCGCUAUAUGUAACGAGAGUGAUUGCGAGAAUCUGAAUGCUAUAGUAUUCUGUGAUGGAUGUAAUAUAGCAGUUCAUCAAGAAUGUUAUGGAGUAGCAUUUAUACCAGAAGGCCAGUGGUUGUGUCGUAAAUGUAUGAUCAGCAGACACAGUGAAGUGGAUUGUAUAUUUUGCCCUAGCAAGACUGGAGCAUUCAAACAAUUGGACAAUAGUUUGUGGAGUCAUGUGGUAUGUGCAUUGUGGAUCAAUGAGCUUUAUUUUGCCAAUCCGAUAUACAUGGAGCCAAUAGAAGGCUUGGAUUUAAUUCCUAAGAGUAGAUGGCGUUUGAAUUGUUACAUCUGUAAGCAAAAGAAGGGCGCAUGCAUUCAAUGUUACAAUAGAAGUUGCUUCCAAGCAUAUCAUGUAACUUGUGCUAAAAGAAGUAAUUUAUACAUGAAAUUAACCAACGGAAUAACUGGGGCAAUAAGGAACAAAGCAAGCUUAUUGUCGUUUUGUGAUAAACAUACGCCAGCGGGUUAUUUGAAUCAAUCUGAGAUUCAUAAGAGUAUCCAUAAAACAAGACUAUUCUUCAAGGAUAAGAAUAUCCUUAAAGAACAAAAUAUGGCCAAAUUUCAACAUCAACAGUUGACAAAUAGAUUGAAUAAUCUCAAGUGGAAAACCAGUAAGAAUACUCCUAUCCCACCCAACGUAUUUAGUGAUAAACUAUACGAAAUUCUAACGAUGUUAAAGAUAGAAACCAUGAAUUACUUUGUGAAGAAGCUGAAUGCGGUGAAAGGGUUGACGGUGCUUCCGAACAUUUCCAAAGAGGACCAAAGACAUGAAGUUCGACAAAUCUGUAACGAGGUUUGUCGAUAUUGGUGUUUAAAACGGGAGCUGAAGAACGGAGCCCCAUUAAUCCGACGAAACAACAACAUGGAAUCAAUGAGUUCCGUAUUGUAUGGUGCCAAUAAUCGUGACGAGAUUAAUAGAAAGAUCGAAUUCUCAGACGUUCUAGCUCGAGAUUUGGACAAGCUACUCGACAUGGUACUGCUAACUUCACAACGACAGAAACAGAUGUUAGAGUCUUCGACGAUAAGGCUCGACACCGUAAAUCUCACAUGCUUCUACUUGAAGAGCCAAAUCGAAGAGGUUCUCAAUAACAUCUGUAAGAAAGUGGAUGGUUCCAAGUCAUUGAUAGAAUACGAAAUAAGCAUUGAUAAGUUGUCGGCCAAAUUGGAAUCUGAUGGUGGUCGGCAACUUUCACUUUUCAAAAUCAUGGAGAAAAAUUAUGCAUUUGGAUACACUCAAGUGUCGGAAUUAAAGGAUGAUUUGGACAGACUCUUUCGAGCCAUACAGAACAAACUUAAGCCGAUAUCUCUGUUACAUAAGACGGCUAAGAAAUGGUAUCGUGAAUUCAAUGAAAACGGUUUGACGCAGUUGCUAGAGGCAGAGAAGAUUAGCCAGUUUGGUGUUCCUGAAAUGGAGAGAUUGUAUGAAUUAUUAAAGACUGAUGAAAGUGCACGGCCCGCCACCGUUGAGCCAGAAGCUAGCAUCAAAAAACGAGUUGGUUCGGCCAAUCCCCGGAGGAAAAACACAAGGACUGCGAAGUCUCUGGUGGUACUAAGAAAACUGAAACGGACAACUGAGAAGGUUGAAGAGGAAUCACUAAGCGAUGUUGAAGAUUUGAGUGAGGAGCACUGGAAGGAGUUAAUAAACUUCAUUCGGAAAAGACGAAGACGGUUAUAA